GGUCAUGUGAAAGACAGGAGUAGAAAGUAAAAAGAAAAGAAAGGGCGAGGUAAAAGAUAUGGCAGACAUAGGCAAAGGAACCUCAGUCGCUGGCUGCAACAGUCGCUGUGGCUGCCCAUCUCCCUGUCCAGGUGGAGAAUCCUGCAGGUGCAGGAUGAGCGCAGCAUCUGGUGGGGAUCAAGAACACAACAUGUGCCCGUGCGGGGAGCACUGCGGCUGCAACCCUUGCACCUGCGCCAAGACCCAGACCUCCGCUAAGGUCGGCAAGGCCUUUUGCACCUGUGGGGAAGGUUGCACCUGCGCCACUUGUGCCGCCUAGACCAUGUUUAUAGCAUACUUGUAUAAUAGCGCUUGGAUCUAAAGUCCAAUAUGAAGACCAAGGAAAAAUACCUUGGGAAUGGGUGAUGUGAGCAUCAAGGACGCAUGAACCACCAGGGCCACUCUCUCCAUAUCAAUCUUCCAAAUAACUCCACUUGGAAAAUAGUCCACUAACUGAGUCAGAAAGGAGGCCCCAAACUCGAAACGAAAGCCGGUGAAGUGCAUGUAACCACCCCAAACUGCUCAAAUAUGAUAUUUUGGAAAAAUGAACAUUUUAGUGAAAUAUUUCACAUUACGAGUGGAAUAUAAAAGAUAAUGGAAUAUAAAAAGAUGUAUGAAUUGAACAGCAUAUCCGUUCAAA